AGAUUAUGUCAAAAUAAAGUGUCAUGGCUUAUCACAAUUUUAUAUGUAUCUAUAAGGAUAUGAUAGACUUGAUAAAACUUCUUUCAGGUACGAUUGGCUUACUAUGCAUGAUAACUGCUAAAGCUAUGGGAGCUACAAAUAUUUGUAUAACUGAUGUUGUUGAAGAAAGACUGAAGCUUGCUAAACAGUUAGGAGCUACACAUACUGUUCUUACAAACUCUUCUGACGUGGACUCUGUCGUCAAAGAAAUUCACAGUAUCAUGGGAGAAAUGCCUGACAUAACUAUUGAAUGUACAGGGAACAACUUUUGCCAACGAUUAGCUAUAAUGUCUACAAUACCAGGCGGCUGUGUUGCUAUAGUAGGAUAUGGGGCAGAAGAAGUAACUUUACCUUUAGCAGUACUGUGUCAAAGACAAAUUGACCUUCGACCUUCGUGGAGAUACGAUCAACAUUGUUAUCCAAUAGCAAUAGAUAUGGUAGCAUCUGGUAAAGUCAACAUUAAACCAUUGGUGACACAUAGAUUUACUUUAGAGCAAACUACAGAUGCUAUUCAAGUGGCAGCCAGUCGUAGACCAGGGGUCCUUAAAUGUAUGAUAACUUGUAACGAGUGAUACCAGAAGAACAGAUACAGUAAUACAAAGACCGCUACAGUCGAAGUUUUGGUUACAUAUUAUUGCAAUAUCGGCAAGAAAAGAUAUUUAUAUGCAAAACAUAAUAGUAUGAAUUAAUUAUUGCAUAUAAUACAUAUCAUAACGCAUUAUGUACAUCUUGUAUUAAAAAUGCAGCAAAUAAAAAGUUAAUGUGA